AUGGCUAAGUUGGGGCAAAAACCCUCAAAAACCGAGAAACUGAUGAUGGACUUUUUGCCAAGAAAAGAUUACGUGGUUCAUUACAAGAAUUUGCAGUAUUAUCUGUCUCGCGGAAUGAAGCUUCAAAGGGUCAAAAGCGCAAUCGAAUUCAACCAAGAAAAAUGGAUGAAAAGUUACAUUGACAUGAACUCAGAACUUCGGGCAAAAACUGAAAGCGACUUCGAAAAAGACUUUUUCAAACUGAUGAACAACGCGGUUUUUGGGAAAACGAUGGAGAACAAGAGGAACAGGAUGGAUUUCCAGAUUUUCAACCAAAAAACGCAGAAAAAGAAAAUUCUUCACCAGAUCGCAAGCCCGUUCUUUGAAAAGCAAAUUAUUUAUCCUCAAGGCUUUGUGGGCAUUGUAAAAAGGCAUAGCGAAGUGUACCUUAACAAACCAAUUUACACCAGAAUGACAAUUCUCGACAAUAGCAAGAUCGUGAUGUAUAGAGAUCACGAAGAUCGAAAGAAAAAGUAUGGCGACAAAACGGAAAGCAUGUACAGAGAUACAGACAGCGACGUCGUUCAAAUUCAAACAGAAGACAUGUACAAAGACAUGGUUGGCGAUGACAGGUUUGACACAAGCAAUUACCCAAAAGAGCACCCCCUUUACUCAGAAAAGAACAAAAAGGUUUUGGGCAAAAUGAAAGACGAAAUGGGCGGCAUGCCGAUAAGAGAAUUUUGCGGAAUAAGGGCAAAAAUGUAUAGCUUCUUGACUGAAGAUGGUACAGAAAGAAAAAAAGCCAAAGGUGUCGCAAAAGCCACUUUGCAACAAAUUCAGCAUGAAGACUUCAAAAACGCUAUAUUCAACCAAGAGCAAUACUUUCACGUAAUGAGAAUGAUAAGGUCAGACAAGCACGAAAUCCACACCAUUGAGCAGAUGAAGAAAACUCUGAACGCAAUGGACGACAAAAGAUACAUCUUGAAAGAUGGAAUAAACACUCUGGCAUACGGGCAUUUCAGGAUAAAAAAAAUAUAA